GAAGAAGCAGAAAGCAAACUUGCAUUCAACGAAACAUGAAGACUUUUGAUCUGUGCGUUCUACUAAGCCUGGCGGUCGCAGUUCACUGCGUGCCAAUACCGCAGGCUUCUCAGCAAGAUGAAGAAUUUGCAGAGAGCUACCUGAAGAAAUUCUACAACCUAACAGAGGAGACUGGCCCAACUGGCAGACAGGGGAUCCGCCCGGUCGUGGAGAAACUGAUUGAGAUGCAGAGAUUCUUCCGCCUGAAUGAAACCGGGACGCUGGAUGCUGACACCAUGGCUGUGAUGAAGAAGGCUCGUUGUGGCGUUCCAGACAUUAAAGUUGCCAGUUACUCCACAUUUGAAAAUAACCCCAAGUGGGACAAAAACAGCCUCACCUACAGGAUAGAGAACUACACCCCCGACAUGCCUGUGUCAGAGGUAGAUGACUCCAUAAACAGAGCUCUGCAGGUUUGGGCCAAAGUCACUCCUCUGAGAUUCACCAGAAUCUACAGCGGCACUGCUGAUAUCAUGAUCUCCUUUGGAAGCGGAGCACAUGGCGAUAACCAACCCUUCGAUGGCCCUGAUGGUACUCUUGCCCAUGCCUUCCCCCCAAACCUUGGAGGAGAUGCUCAUUUUGAUGAAGAUGAGACCUUCACUUUCCGCUCAAGUAACGGCUACGUCCUCUUCCUGGUGGCUGCCCAUGAGUUUGGUCACUCCCUGGGCUUGCAUCACUCUAAAGAUCCUGGUGCUCUCAUGUACCGUGACUACUCAUACAGAAACCCUGACACCUUUGUUCUGCCCCAGGAUGAUAUCAACGGCAUCCAGUCUCUCUAUGGUCCAAACCCUGACGUAGAUCCAAUUCAGCCUGGACCUACAUCCCCCACCACCCCUGAUGCCUGUGAUUCAACACUGGUCCUGGACGCCGUCGCCACCCUGCGAGGAGAAAUGUUCUUCUUCAAAGACAGCUUCUUCUGGCGUAGCUACCCUCAGAGCAACACACCUCAGCAAAGUCUCAUCACAAACUUCUGGCCCGGUGCUCCCACCGACAUCGAUGCUGCUUAUGAAAGCCAAGAAUCAGACAGUGUCUUACUCUUCAAAGGUCAGAGAGUGUGGGCUUUCAGUGGCUAUGAUCUUGUAAGUGGAUAUCCCAAAUCAAUUUCCAGUUUUGGUCUGCCUGAAAGUGUAAAGAAAAUCGAUGCAGCACUUCACGAUGAGGAGUCUGGCAAGACUCUGUUCUUUGUCGGCAACGAAUACUACAGUUAUGAUGAAGCCAAAAAGAUGAUGGACCAGGGAUUCCCCAAGCUGGUGCACGACACCUUCUCCAAGGUGACCAGCAAGGUGACCGCAGCUUUCCAGCACAGAGGUUAUGCUUACAUCUACAGUGGAUCGGACAUGUUUGAGUACCAUCUUGGGACCAAGACGUUCUUCCGUGAGCUUCAGAGCGACUACUUCUUGCCCUGCACUGAGUACUAGAGUGACAGCACCAGUUAAAGAGUUUGUUGUUGUCAUACACAACAUC